CGUAAAACGCACAAAACACUCUCGCGGCUGAUUCAUAGGUCGCACGUUGCAGAAGCUUGAAAGUUGGAAGACCGCGGAAACCAACAAAGAACAACUUCAUUCAAGUUCAAAUUAAGGUAAAAACAAUGCUACAUUUUAAGCAAGUGUGUUUUGCUAGAUUGCUUAUACUAUCCAGCGAGCCUAAACCAACACACCCAUCCCUGCCAGCAAGCUAACGUUAGCUAGCUAGAUAGCUACAGUAGAGACCCCCCCACGGAUGAGUAGGCUAUAGUUGGCUAGCUAUAUAGUUACCUAGCUAACUAAAUUUUGCACUUUUAAAUACGUUUGUGCGGCAGGUAGCCUAGCGGUUAGAGUGUUGGGCCAGUAACGAAAGGUCGAUGGUUCAAAUACCCGAGCCUACAAGGUGAAGAAUCUGUCGAUGUGUCUUUUGCGCAAGGCACUUAAACUGAAUGUGCUCCAUGGGCGCCGCACUACAAUGGCUGACCCUGUAAAACAACACAUUUCACAGCACCUAUCAGGCGUAUGUGACAAUAUUUUGAAUUUAACGUUUUUUUUCUAAUUUACCUGGCUCAGAAAUUGUGCAGGUAGCUAUCAACCUUGAUACUGAAACUCACUUAGCUUUCCAGUAUAAUUGAAAAGGUUUGUUUUCAAUGUAGGCCACCAUAACUUGAAAGACAUGCGCAGGCUGAAUAACCACAGAAUGUUAAUACAAUUGUAACCCAGGCCUAAACCAGCAAGUAGAGGUGACAAAGAAACUGAACUAUUGGUAGGAAGAAACUAUGAAGGAUCCACUCAAGAGGGGAGUACAUCCUCUGAUUGGCCAAGUAGAAGUUCAUUGUACUGUGACCACCUAGUUUGAAGAACAAUAGUCCAUCAAGACUAAGUCAGGCCAGGCAUAUCAUUGGCAACAAUGAAGACUGAUGUUGAUCUGGGUCAGCCAAGUGAGUGCAUGGACUGAAGACCAGACAUUGAAAGAGUCGGGUUCCAGGUAAAAGGUGAAAUGGGGCAGUGCAUGGACGGGUAGUGCCAAAAGCAGGACUUAGGGUGACCAGGGGUGCGGCAGUGCAAGCAUUUUAUUUAUAGUAGGCUAUAAUCUAACCCUUCCAUUAUGCUGAAAUAAAAUACUUUAGUUUGGGUGUUAUACCUUGUUAAUUAUUAUAAUAAGGUACAAUUUGUUUUCUAUCUCUGGAGAUGCUGUCAAUCUAAAUAUUGUCUCAUUGUUUCUACAGGACCACUGCAAAUAUGUCCAUCGGCGUGCCCAUCAAGAUUCUGCAUGAAGCUGAGGGUCACAUUGUGACCUGUGAGACCAACACUGGUGAAGUGUACAGGGGCAAGCUCAUUGAGGCUGAGGACAACAUGAACUGCCAGGUUUGUCAUCUGACUGCCUUCAGGUUUCAGACAAUAACUUGUUUUAAGGGAUACUUGUCAGAUAAUCUCUAUUUUAUUAUUAUGUAAGGGAGGGAUUUGUUUGUUGUCCCUUUUAGAGUUGUCUGUAGGAAGUAUAUCAACUCUUAUCUCUUCUUUUCAGAUGUCAAAUAUCACUGUGACUCAUCGGGAUGGCCGUGUAGCCCAACUAGAGCAGGUCUACAUCCGGGGCAGCAAGAUUCGCUUCCUGAUUUUACCGGACAUGUUAAAGAAUGCCCCUAUGUUAAAGAGCAUGAAAAACAAGAACCAGGGCACCGGGGCAGGGAGGGGGAAGGCAGCCAUUCUCAAAGCUCAGGGUGAGUGCUACUGCUUCUACAUACACCAGUAUGGAAAAGGAUUGAGGGUCAAUAACACUAAUUUUCACUCGAGCCAUAAGACUCCUGAACAGCUAAUCAAAUGGCUACCGGGACCAUUUGCAUUGUCCCCCCCCCCCCCCCCCCCCCUCCCUAUUUUUAAGCUGCUGCUACUGUUUAUCUAUGCAAAGUCACUUCACCUCUACCCACAUGUACAUAUUACCUCGACUAACCUGUGCCCCCGCACAUUUACUCUGUACCGGUACCCCCUGUAUAUAGACAGAUUUUAUUAAAUGUAAAUGUCUAAUGAAUUUAACUGUCUGUUUUCUGCAGUGGCUGCAAGAGGACGGGGUCGUGGUGGAGGAAUGGGAAGAGGAAACAUUUUCCAGAAGAGGCGAUAGUAUCCGCAAUGGUUAAUUUAAAAAGAUUACAUUGUACAGUGUUUUUAAUGUUUUUUCUUAAGAGAAUAUACACUAUUUUAUUCUUUUGCCAGACUUCUACAUUUUGCAAGACUGACACCUGUUUUGACAUUGUAGUUUCACCCCCUUUUUUUUGUUAUAUUUUAAAUAAAUUCUGCUAACUUCUA